AAGUCCGGUUCACUUACAUUCAUUUUGAGCAUCCAAACACGCCAUAACCUGAUUUUGGAAGAUUAGAGACAGGUUCGAAUUUAGAAUUUGUAUUAUACAGGGUUUCAGAGAAUUUAAAUUAUUUAUAUUCAAUUCAAACAAUUGGAGUUUCACAAUUUCUCCCGUGAGGUUUUUGGUCCUCCUCUUCUUCUUCUUCUUCUUCCAAGUUCAGUGGUGGUUAUUAGUUGCAGAUUCCGAUUGAGACUUUGAUCAACAAUGGGUGAACCCACCGAUUCUGUGAAAGCCAUGAUACAAAAACUUUUCUCUGGAGCGAGCAAAACAAAAAGACCACGUUUCUUUGAUGAUGAUUUCGAGGAAGGAUGUCAUCCUGACUCUCAACGUAAAUCUCAGAAGCUGGAUGAUCAUUUUACAAAAGAUUGGGUGGCUGCACCUCUAAAUUACUCUAUAAGUCUUGGACGUAGUUACGAAUGGUCUUUCGCUGCAAUAGCUCAACUAGUUGACAAUGCUCAGGACGCUCAAGCAACUAGAUUUCAGAGCGGAACCAUGAAUCUCCGCCGUGAUCUCAUUGUUCUUACGCAGACUAGUCAUUCCAGAUCUAUUGUUUUUCUGUUGCAAUGUCUAAAUAAAGGCAGUAAUUUGCAGCAUACGAACCUCCCAAUCAUAACCUACCACAAACAACGCUCAUUCUUGGAAAUGGACGGAAGUAUUCAGUCAGAAGCUUUUGCUGAUCGUCGUUUGAAAGCUAUCAAAGAGUUCUUACCAAUCAAUGAGGAUUUUAUUGGUGAAAAAUUUGGAUUAUUCGGUGAAAAUGGUACAGGAACACAGAUACACAUGGAAUUUAGAACGCUCGGGGAAUGAUUACUUUUUAGAUUGGCAAAGUAGGAAGGAAAGUGAUGAUCUUACUGAAGAUCAAGACAUAUUAAUUCGUUCGAGAUUUACAAGAUCACGUCCAGGCCAUUUUGUACGUAGUUUUGCAAAGGUUCCUCUGGAUUACUCACUUCGUUCGUUCUUAGAAGUUAUUUACCUAAAUCCACGAAUGAAGAUAUAUGUUCAAGGUUCAUUGGUUAACUGUCGACCACUGGCAAAAUCUUUGCAUAAUACCAAGAUCGUGAAUACCAGGAUAAAGGAGAAACAGGUUCAGCUUACUCUUGGGCUUUGUGGACGAGACUGCAUAUACUGGAACUGUGGAAUAUUUUUGUAUUUGCGUGGGCGGUUGAUUGAGGCCUACAAAAGAGUAGGGAGCAUGGUUCAUAGUGGGGAGCCAGGACUAGUAGGUGUUAUAGAUGUUACAGAUAUAAUGAAUGAUGGGGACGAUGCUGUAUUCUUAGAAUCUACAAAAGAGGCUUUCCGAUUUUGCAAAGCGUAUAAAGAGUUGGAGGAAUGGCUAGGUCGCAAAACAAAUGAGUAUAUAGAUGAGAAUUAUAUUGAAACACUUCAUGCGGAAUGGUGUAAUAACUUCAAACCCGACCAUGAAUUGGCGCAGUGUGACAAAUGUAGAAAGUGGAGGAUACUCAACUCUCAUUUUGACAUCAAAACACUGCCCGAAGAAUGGUAUUGUUGUAUGCCGCCGUACAGUGGAAUAUGCGAAACACCCGAAGAAGUAGUCGAUCAUGGAAUUUCCGCUGUUGGUGGAAAGCGAUCAAGAUUUUACGGGCCCUGGGAUAGAAAUCUGCCCAGCUAAGAUAUAGAUCUGUAGGCGCAUAUAUCAUUGCGCUUAUUCUUAUUUUAAGGGAAGAUUUCCUAAGGGAAGAUUUCAAUGUAAAUUAACCUUGGGUUACAUUAUGGGAUUUAGUUUAGCAUUAAAUUUGUAUUGACACAGUUAAAAUAUUUUAAAUUGUAAGAUAAAGUUUUCUUGG